UACGGAUGAGCGAGUGUGUGUGUGCGAGCUGUUUUGGUCGUCUCUGUUUCUUGUGAAGAAAAGGUGUCCGAUUGUAUCGAUUCAUGAAAUUCAUGCGUUUAUCGGGCUUAAAUAGUUGCAUUAUCGUGUUGUGCGAUCGCUUCUAAAGUCUCCGAUUGCCGGAAACAUGUAAAGUGUGGUGGGAGGAAGCUGUUGGUGAAGGGGCAAGAUAGGCUGACAAACGAGGAGGGUUUUUGUUCCCGUGCACGAAUUACACAUCAGCCCUUUUCAGUGCUAAUGGCGUAUAUCAUGCCGUGAGAAGGCAUGGGCAAAAGAAUAUGAUAGUUAAAGUUUGCGGAUCGGUGAAUAUAGCAGUGUGGUGCCGUUGUAAGCAGACUAUACAUUCACGUUUAAGAACAUGCUGAAUAGUUGGCCCAAGCAUUAGUCAGCACUAGACAUUCUCGACAGUUCGCUCAGCCCGCAGGGUUAGAGGCCAACACCAGCUGCAUCAGUUUACAGUUCAUUCCUUAAGUGUGAAAGUUCUAACCAACGCCAACCGGACUGAGCGGGGCCAUCAGUUCCCUACCAUGGAGGAAGCACCCGUGGUAGAUUGUCCUCCAACACCGGAAAUACUGCCACUGUCCAGCACACCACCGUCACGUCCCGAUGUCGUGUACAGCUCCUCGUCGGAGGAAGGCGAUGAGCCCACGGAUGGGCGACGCUCACCGCCACCGAAAUGUGCAAUCUGUCUAGGAAAAUGUCGCCAGCGGGCGUUUACCAACUCCUGCAAGCAUCAGUUCUGCUUCCGGUGUCUGCUGGAAUGGAGCAAGGUCAAACCGGAAUGUCCCCUGUGCAAGCAGCGCUUCUUCUCGAUCGUUUACUACAAAUCGAUGGACUGUUUCGAGCAACACACGGUGGCGGUGCCGAGUGCCAACGUGCCCCGCGUCAGCACCAGGAACAUGUACCACGAGCUGAACGUGUUCCUGACCAACUCGCAACGCUUCACGGCGUACGCAAUACCAAAUAUGACGCUGCGCCUGCAGUCGAACAACGAACGACUCCAGGAGCUGUUGCUGCAUCAGUCCAGCGAGGUUGAUCGCUUCAUACGAGAGUACGGUAACCAGCCGAUUCCGACCCGCCAGGACGAACUCCGGUGGAGACAGUUCAUCUACGCCAACAGGCUGUACGCGUGUCCACUGCCCGAUCUGAACGGACGCUUCCGGGAGACUUCGGCUUCAUUUUACAGAAAUAAUCCAGCCCAGAUGCAUCGGGUCCUGUCGUGGAUGCACCGGGAUCUGCUCGUGCUGAGCACAAACAUUGCAAUCCACGCGCCCAACAUUCACGUGCUGGAAGAUCUGCUACAGAUGCACGAUAUCGAUUCGCGCGACUUUUUGCUCCGAAUCUUGCGACACAUGCCGCUGGAAGAUGGGGAACACUUUCAGCACGAGUGCGUCAACUUUGCCCGCUCGCCGUACGAUAUCAUCGGGUACGAUCGCUGCGUCCAAUACAAUCCACGCUUCAUCCAGCGUCGGGUGCGCAGCCAGGUGAUCAUAUCAUCAUCGGAAGAGGAUAACGAUGAUAUCGUGUAUCUGCCCGAACCGGCGGCCGGUACAUCGUCCACGAACGAGCCACCGAAUGCCAGUGGUGGUGCAGCCGCUGGUGGGGAAGGCGUAAGCAAUGGGAGCAGUAGCGGUGGUGCAACGGGGGCGGCAAGCGCAGCUUCCGGAAGCUCAAGUACCGCCGGCCGUAACGAAGUGAAUAUCGAAUUCCCCCUGCUAGACGAUAUUGUUGCCGGCGAGGAAGUUCAUCCGGUGUCAGCGUCGGCUAGCCUGCCCCGUGUUCCGCUAACCUCGAUCGCAUCCACAAGUCUUGUGCCGGGGGAAAACAUUUUACUCUCGUCCAGCGAUUCCGACGACUGCCAGUUUGUGUUGGCACAGAAACCGCCCCACCUGCGCACACCGGACCAUGUGGUCGAUCUGGAAUCGGCCAGCGACAGUGAUGUGGUGUUUGUCGCGGAAGAACCACUCGAAACGAAGGCAACGGUCCGAACGUCACGACAACAGCAGCAAGCAAAUUCACUGAAAAAAGAGACGGCCGGAACACAGGAGUACAAUAAUGGUGCCUCAACCAGCUCGGGGUACUGUGGCGGCGGUAAUGGGAAUGGCGGCGGUGGCGGAGCUAGCAGCGGGAGUGUUGCGAGCGGAAGCGCGUUACGAUCAAAGUAUUACGUACGGCCACGAUUGACCCGCUACUCGGGCGGGAUGGGCGUGAAGAGUAUCUACGAGGCAACCGAUUCGGACGACAGUGAUAGUGACACGCUAUUUAACUUACCGCAAGGCCGGCGCCAAACGUCCAACACUGCCAACGAUUCGUCGUCGCACGAUGAGGUCGAGUUCGGCGCUAGGGCACAGCGCAAACGGCGAAAACCAAACAAAAAGGCCACCGGCCAGCAGUCGAAGGUUUCGAAACGAGCCUCACGCAAGCGGCGUAACAGUAGCGUCAGCAGCUCGAGCAGUCACGAGGAGGAUUGUAGCGGCAGCAACAGCAGCAGUAGCAGCAGUAGCAGUGAGGAUGACAGUGACAGCAGUUCCAGCAAUUCAAGCUGCUCCAGCAGCAGUAACAGCAGCAGUAGCAGCAGCAACAGCAGCAGUAGCAGCAGUUCGAGCAGUAACGGCUACGGUGCAAGCAACAGCUAUCACAAAAACAUAACGGUCGAGAUCGAAUGCGGACGGCAGCUGAGGCGCAAUACGGCCCAGCAGAGUCGGGCGAGUUAUACGGCACGGUUAAAAUCCGACCAAACGGACACGAAGGGACGGUCGAAAAAGAAGCGAAGCCGCAAAGAGAUCGAAAAGGAAUCGAAAAAGGUGACCGGCUCGAAAUCUAAAUCACGUCGCACCAAGUCGAAAAAGAAGGCUCAAUCGACGUCCCGUACGGCUAAGGACACAGCGAAAGCGUCCCGCACCAAAUCAAAGUCGAAAUCGCGCGGAUCGCGGGGAGCAGCGGGUCGUAGCAGUAGUAAGGGUAAGAAGCGUACCAAGCCAUCGUCGGACGUUGGUGAGGAUGAACCGUCCCGAUCGACAUCGCAGCUGGCCGAUGAGGAUGCUUCCACGAGGGCACACUACGUCAUCGCCUCGAGACCGUCGGUAUCGCCGACCGUGGACGUAACGACGGUCGAUGGUACGGACGGCGGUAGAGAGCGCAAGCUGAAGAGUGUUAUCAUAAAACGUUGCCAUUACAACAAAGCGUCCACGAACCGAGGGGCCGAAGCGAUGGACGAGGUGCAGGAAGGAACGGCAUCCGGUUCGGUUGGGGCAAGCAGGACCGAACCCAGCACAUCCACCACGAUAAAGGGCGAAACGGUACAAGAUGCGUCGGCAGGGACCAGCUUCACCGACCGGGAACCACCGGCCGGACACACGGAUUUGUUGAAAUGUGCACUCUCCUCUGCCAGCAGUUCUUCAAGUGAGACGGAAUCGGAGCAGCAGCCGGUCGCUGCCACGCCGUGGGGGCACUCCUCAUCCGUCAUCGCUCCACUAGCACAAAUACAUCGAACAGAGCCGUACCAGGCGCACAACCACCAACCGCAAGAUUGGCCCCCGGCGGAAACGUUCGAUCAGCAGCUUCAACUACCAACCACCGAUCAACAGCAGCUCGAAGCGGACGAAAGCACCACCAACACCGGCGCGUCGGAAUCGUUGUUCGAGCCAACGUUAACCUGGGCGGAGGAAACCGUUCCCGACCGUGCACUGCUCCCGGACGAUCGGGCCCUAUCGUCAGCGGCCGCCUCCCCCUUCUCGUCGAUAUCAUUCCCACCGUCCACUACGUCCGUUUCACCGUCCCCGUCAAUGUCGUCGCAAUCGUUAGCGUUAGCGGCGGUUCCGUCACCGUUGCAGCUGAUCGAAAGCUUAGGCGGUACGAUGGACAGUACCGAUUCACCGCUGCCCUCGUCCGUGCUGGGUAUCGAUGCGAUCGACGGAACUAUCGACGAACUUAUGGCAUCGGAGGUAGCCAGUGCGGCUGCCUCCAUUGCUGAUCCGGCACCGAUCGGUAUGGACGACGGUGGUUUGGAGGAAGCUGGGCAAGCAACGACGGCUGUUCCCAGCGAAGCAGUAGUACCAAUGGCGACGAGCGAUGGAGUGGCCGCACCGGUACAGUUGCAGCUGUGAGAUUUACUGCGGGUGAUCGAUUUUAUCGAUUGAUUGUAACUCUCAGGACAUAGGAAACCAUCCUAGCGUGCGUGAUGAUUUUGGUCUCACUGUGUGUGCGAGAGAGAGAGAGACGCGCAGUACAACAAAUUCAAAGGUCAAAAAAUUAAAAAAUCUAUACUGGUAAAAUAUAUUGUAAAAAAGACGUUAAAUCAGGGUAGCAGUAACAUCACAGCUUGGAAUGCUAUGCGAACGAAAUAGUACCAAUGGUAUUGCUACCGAUCGCUCGCAAUGCGCGCGUAACUGGUCUAAAGCGAGGGAACAACAUACCUAUCAGCCUAAGAACGCGCAAUACCACAACCACUCCAGUGAACCAUCGGGCAAUGGUUACGGUGGAGAAGAGUGUGCAUACUACGCAUCAUUAGAGUCGAUCUAAUUAAGCAAAAGAAUAAUACAGCGGACACGUAUGCUCUGUUUUCGUGCGCGACGAUGACUCGUCCAUCCCACUUCUCACCGUACUGCCCAACACCGUGAAAGCUACCCUAAUACACUGUAUCAUAAGUAAUUGUAAUCGUUUCGUUGUACAUACGUUUAUUAAUGUAGUGUGUGUGUGUGUGCGCGCGCGUGUGUGAAGAGUAUCCUUGAUCCCACGCUAAUAGUGUAGCGUAUCUGUACCAAGCUGUGCAGAUAACUGAUUAGAACAAAAUGCGGCAUUGGCGGCUGCAUACUGAGUGGGGCUUGAACGAAGGGUAGGAUCGAACAGCAGCGUUAGCUUAUAGCUCGCUCAGGAGAAAUGUUUUAAAAUGUGUGAAACAAAACCGUUGAGAAGAAGGAAAGACGCUGAAUGUGGUUCCAAAGCGCAGGAGGAAUAGUCGUAGUCGGGUGACCAUCCCAUUCCCGUGGGGUGGGUGCCGUAUAGUGCUAGCGAUCUUGUGCGGAUUUCUGUAAAAUAAUAUUUUCCACUUUUCAAAAUGGCCGUUUCUAUUUGAUUAUAAUAAAAGAUGAUAAUACAAU